UCUGUCUUGGUACGUUCGCGCUGAAGUUCCGUGGUACACGGUACGACUGACAGUCUGUUUAUAUUCCAACAACCUUACGAUCUUACCCUCAAGGUCGUUCGAUAAUCUCGUUCAUUUCAAGGUAUCUGUCCCGAUUUUUCAAUCAACGGACCAUUUUUGCUGGUACUUCUUGCGACAUGUGCGCGUUUUGUGUUAAAAAAGUUGUCGAUUGGUGUUAUUUGCAAAAUUCUUAGCAGAUUUCCGAGUGGCUGAAAGCUGGACAAUGUUUUGCCGCCCCCCCUCCAGAUUGACCUCACUGUGACUACCGCACAAUGUUUGUUAAUAGAAAAUCAUACUUAGAAUAUUUAUAAUGAUACCAAAUGGCCUUGCAAGAGCUUUCCAGGUUUGGUUGUUAACCCUGUACUCCACUGCUGGAAAUAUAAUCCAAAAUGACUUCAGAUAUAUAUCCUACCAAGACUUACAGCCUUCUGUCAAUGUAUUCUUUUCGGAAGGAGCCACUUCUUACUCUCAAAUGCUUUUUGAUGUUUCCCGAAGUCAGGUUUUUGUUGGAGCUAGAGAUGGACUGUAUAGACUUUCCCUGUCAAAGUUAGCAUUACUAGAAUAUGCCGAAUGGCAAGCGUCUCCAAACAAGAUGACGUUUUGUGUCGACAAAGGACAAAGUGAAGAAAGUUGCCACAAUUAUAUUAAAAUUCUUUUAACUAAUGGUCGACAAAUUUUUGCGUGUGGAACAUAUGCUUUUUCCCCACUUUGCUCGUGGAGAGAAAUUGACAACAUAUCAAACGUAACACAAGUAGUGGAUGGAAUUGCAAAGAGCCCCUACAAUCCAUCGGCUAAUGUAACAGGGUUUCUGUCAGAGAACGGAGAAUACUACUUUGGUGGCACCACGGACUUCUCUGGGUCAGACUCGUUGAUUUCUAAAAGUGUUGGGAGUACCCCAAUGCUACGGACGCAACAAUAUAAUAGCUUCUGGUUGAACGAACCUCAGUUCGUAGGUUCUUUUGAAAGUGAAAAGUUUAUCUAUUUCUUAUUCCGGGAGGCAGCUGUUGAAUAUAUAAACUGUGGUAAAGUUAUUUAUUCCCGAAUCGCAAGGGUUUGCAAAAACGAUCGUGGAGGAGGGCAUACUAUGUUUAGAGAUAAUUGGACAACAUUCAUCAAAGCGAGACUGAAUUGUUCUAUUAGUGGUGACUAUCCGUUUUACUUCAAUGAAAUUCAAAGUAUGUCUUAUGUACCUGACGAAAAUAUCGUAUAUGCUACUUUUACGACAUCUCCAAACAGCAUAGCGGGUUCGGCAGUGUGCGCUUUUAACUUAUCGGCAAUUAAUGAUGCAUUUAAUGGCCCUUUCAAAUAUCAGCAUGACAUGGGAAGUGCUUGGAGUAAACAUGAUAUUCCGUAUCGAGAUCACUUUGAAUGCAAAAGAGCACAACAUAAUAAUUACUUAUUAGAAACUUCUAAAUACCAACUCAUGGAUUCUGCGGUGCAAGCUACUAGUUUAAAUCCUUUACAUGUUGUGACACUAGAACGUUUCUCACAUAUCACUGUAGAUGUAGUUAACACAAAGCUAGGUAACACCCAUGUCAUAUAUGUUGCUAAUGAAGAAGGCUUGAUUAAAAAACUGACGGUACUUCCUAGGCAUAGAGAAGCUUGUCUUGUGGAAAUUUGGAGAACAGUACCUGAAACGAACAUCCCGAUUAGAAAUAUGCAUUUCUUAAAAGAAACAAAUUCAAUUUACAUCACAACCGAUAAAGGUUUGAUGCAAAUCACUGCAAGCCAUUGUAAGAGACAUACUUCUAAGGAAAACUGCAUAAAUUCAAUGGACCCAUACUGUGGUUGGAAUGAAAGAGAAGAAACAUGCACCGUUGCACCUAAUGGGGAACCUCACAACCGAUUUUGGAAGCAAAAGCUGCACUCAUGCCCUAUCGUGGAUACACCCGUAGAUGGAGGCUGGAGUAGCUGGUCCGAUUGGGCCCCUUGUUACCAUCGUAUCUCUUCUGAUGUAGACCCUCUGGACACUUGUCUCUGCCAAACGCGUCAGUGUAACAAUCCCGCCCCGACCAAUAACGGCAAAUCAUGCACUGGUCCCUCGGUAGCUGUGAUAAACUGUACUGUGCACGGAGGGUGGUCAGAUUGGUCAGCUUGGUCAGCCUGUUCUGCUACUUGCGGCACUGCUGUUAAAACCAGAUCCAGGACUUGUACAAACCCUGCCCCAGCUUUUGGCGGUAGAGUCUGUGUAGGCCAAGAUCGCACUGAGGCUUUUUGUACAGAGUCACCACCAUGUCCGGCGCAACCUGUUGACGGAGGCUGGGGCCCCUGGUCGUCUUGGUCUCCUUGCUCUGCAAAUUGCGGUGGCGGUUACAAAACAAGGCAAAGAAAAUGUGACAAGCCCUCACCUUACAACGGCGGACAGAACUGUAAAGGAAAUAAUCUUGAGUACGAGAGAUGUAACGAACACUCAUGUAAUGAACAAAGAAAAAUUCAUACCACGGAAUGGUUUACUGACAUGAAUAUAUCUAGUAAUACGUAUCAUAAGCGAAGAUAUAAGAUAACAUGUAAAGCUCCCGUGAAGUACGCAAAUCAGAUCAAAAUCAUCGUGAAGGAUGAAGGGCAAAUAUGUCACUCUAACCAGCAUUGCAGUUCAGAUGAAAACGACCACUUAGGUUGGACUUCUUGGUCGAGUUGGAGUGAAUGCUCAAGUAGCUGCGGUGGGGGCAUCCAACGAAGAACCCGACACUGCAAAAGUAGAAGUAAAAGUUGUCCAGGUGAAUCAGAACAAUCUAGAGAGUGUAACAGUCAUAGUUGCGAAGAUACCUGGGGAUGCUGGUCGGAGUGGUCUCCUUGUAAUGUUUCUUGUGGUUGGGGUGCUAAAACGAGGACAAGGACUUGCCUGGGGCACAAUUGUAAAGGUCCGUCCAGGGAGGAGCAGCCUUGUGAAGAUCAACCCUGUGAAUCUGUUUUGGGUUGGGGCAACUGGACAGAAUGGUCUUUGUGUGAUCAAAACAACGAGCAACAUAGAAAAAGAAAAUGCUAUCACCCGAAUCCAGGCCCGCAAAUGUGUCAAGGGAGGGAAAUAGAAACUAGAAUGUGUUUAGGGGAACUAUCAAAUGAAAUUUAUCCACUUGGUAUUCAAGCUGAAGACUACUCUUGCGUUUCGACGGGUCUUUCAUUUUUCUUCAUCGGUGCCAUCGUGGGACUCAUGCCCAGCCUUAUAUACUUAGCGUACUACUUGUUUAGGAAGAAGAAAAAUACCAUUCCUAGUAGUCCACACUAUAUAACUGCAGAGCAAAACCCAUAUAUUUCAGUGCCUACUCGUGAAAAAAUGCCCAAAAAGCCAGCCGGCUCUAAUAUUUACCCAUCAAACGGAACUGUAAAAUCGAUUAAGUGUUAUGUUGAUGAUUAUGAAAUUCCAACAAUGACUCUAAAGCGUAAUAGUCAUGAAGUUAGAAACGGACAUUCCAAGCAAUAUGAAAGUGACAAAUUUUUGUACGACUGAUUAAUAUUUUAAGACUUGAAAGGACAUUUAAUUUAUUUUAUGUGAAAAUCUGCUUAAUAUGUCAAUCACAUGUUUCUUCAAUUUAAACUAGUAUCUGUCACGGCUUGUGAAAAUUAAAGUGUCACAUCUCGAAAGAUUGAUAUUGAUUAUAUACUUAAAUUUUAAUUUGAUAGCUACUAGUAUUCCAUGUUGCAAACUUUAAGAAAUAUUUAAAUGUAGUGAAAAAUAAAAAAAGCUCGUAUUUAUCUAUUAGUCGACUUAAAACCUUUUUCGUGAUCUCAAGAAGAUAUUAAUUUUUUAUUUUGCAAAUUUCAUUUGAGAUUUUAUCGUCACGUGAGUCUACAAACCUUCCCCUAAAAAGCCUCUUUAAUUUUCACAAGCCAUCACAAGCUAGUACACACAAAUCUUUUUAGAUCUGAAGUUGAAUGUGAUCAAUUAUUAAGUAGUGAUAAUCGUUAAAUUUUACGAAUAAUUUUUUUAAAUUACUCUGAAAUUUAAAACAUAAUUAUUAAAUAAUUAUUGUGAUAUAAAUGUAAAAUAGAAACUGGUUCCUGUAUAUAAUUUUAUUUUUGUUAAAUGUGUAAACAGGUUCGAUAUAACACUAUACUUUUUUACAACAGAAUUUACUAAUAAAUAUUUGUACCUGCCUAUUAAAAUAUAUAUAUAUGUGCUGCCAUAUGCAAAAAUUUAUAAUGAACUGUUAAAUUUUAGUUAUUCAGAUUUUAUACUAUUAACCAAAAAUAUUUUUUACUUUUGUAAAUAUCGUAAGUAUAUCUCAUAUUGAGAAAAUAACAUUUAUUUUAUA